AGAAGGCGCGCCGGACCGAAGUUUGUCGGGAUUCUGCAGGCGAGAAUCCUGCCCCUUGGAGCUCAUGGUGCGCUGCGGUAGCGCGUUGCUGAGAAAGUAUGGAAAUUUCAUUGAUAACCUCAGAAUCUUCACCAAGGGAGGAAGCGGUGGAAUGGGUUACCCUCGUUUAGGUGGAGAAGGUGGAAGAGGUGGUGACGUCUGGGUUGUGGCCCAUAAAAAUAUGACCUUAAAACAACUUAAAAGCAAAUAUCCUCAGAAACGGUUUGUGGCCGGAGGAGGGGCAAACAGUCGAGUUAGCGCACUGAAGGGCUCCAAGGGGAAGGACUGUGAAGUGCCUGUUCCUGUGGGUAUCUCAGUAACUGAUGAACACGGCCAAGUGCUAGGAGAACUCAAUAAAGAAGAAGACAGGAUUCUGGUUGCUAAAGGUGGCCUUGGUGGUAAAUUACAUACAAACUUCUUACCUUUGAAAGGCCAGAAGCGAAUAAUUCACCUGGACCUAAAAGUUAUAGCUGAUGUAGGCCUAGUAGGAUUCCCAAAUGCUGGAAAAUCCUCCUUACUAAGUCGGGUUUCCCAUGCAACUCCUGUGAUUGCAGAUUAUCCAUUUACAACACUAAGGCCUGAGCUUGGAAAGAUUAUGUACAAUGAUUUCAAGCAGAUUUCAGUAGCUGAUCUCCCAGGUUUGAUAGAAGGCGCUCAUAUGAACAAAGGCAUGGGCCACAAGUUCCUCAAGCACUUGGAGAGGACCAGACAACUGCUGUUCGUUGUUGAUAUUUCUGGAUUUCAGCUUUCUUCUGUAACUCCGUACAGAACUGCCUUUGAAACUGUAAUACUUCUUACAAAAGAGUUGGAAUUGUACAAAGAAGAACUGCAGGCAAAACCUGCACUCUUAGCAGUUAAUAAGAUGGACUUGCCGGAUGCCCAAGUUAAACUUGAUGAACUGAUGGAGCAGCUCCAGAACCAGGAAGAUUUUCUGCAUUUACUUGAAACAAAGAUGAUUCCAGAGAAGGCUGUAGAAUUCCAGCAUAUCAUCCCCAUCUCGACAGUCACUGGUGAAGGGAUUGAAGAGUUGAAGAACUGUGUAAGAAAAGCACUGGAUGAACAGGAUGACAAAGAAAAUGAUGCGUAUCAUAGCAAACAGUUGCUUAAUUUGCAGAGUUCUAGUUCAGCAUCUUAGACUAAGCCACAUUGAAGUGUGUUGCUAUUGUUUCCGGAAAAGGCAGCAUUUAAACCUAGUAUAGCGUAUUGACGGAAUACUAUUUGGUUCUAAGGAAUCAGAAAAUCAUGUUUAAAACAUGGACGAGCCCGCGAUGUAAUGUUUUGAGAAGCCAGGCAGGCACAGCCAGACAACUAUCAAUGAUUUCACAUGCGGAAUCUUAAAAUGACAAAUUUGAACUGAAAAUGAUAAUUAUUUGAGGUAUAAAUAAGAGCUAGAAGAUUAAGAGAUGUUGGCCAAAGUUUCAGUUAAGCUUUACAGAUCUGCUAUGUACCUUGUUUAUAGAAUAAUGUAUCAUAUUUUGAAAAUUUGUAAGAAAGUAGGUUUUAAGUGUUCUGACCACAUUUUAUUGAGAAAAAUAUAUAUUUUAAAAUCGA